CUGCUCUCCCUCACCCAUCUCUCCCCAUUCCCUCUCCUCUCUUCCAGCUCUCUGUAACCAUCUCACACUCCAUGCUCUUCAUGGGCCAAGUGUAGCCAGCAGCAGUGAAUCUCUCUCUGGCUGCCCCAGCCCCAGUGGUGCUGCCAAGGGUGCCUGUGCUCAGGGCAGGUCCUUUGGCAGCUGCCCAGGUCUAACAAAAUCUCUCCUUGUCCAACACAAAGCAGCAUUAUUCCUCAGACUUCUGGGCAAAACACUGCUGAGGUCCAGGAGGACAAAGGAUGCCUAGUGAUGUGGUGGUGGAGAGGCUCUGUGUGCCUAGCUCUGUGUUCUGGUGAGGAUGACUGGUUUGUGAGGGCUGCUGGGUGUGCAGACAGGGCUAUGGGCAGCAGAGAUGCCCAGAACUGAGGGGAGCUGGGCUUUUACUAGGUCCCUGGGGAAGGAGGGACCCUAGACUCCUAGACAAAGAAUUGUGUGUGGUUUACACACAGCCCACACAAGGCGCAUCUCCAAGCCCCUGUCCUGCAGCAGGGUCCUCAGCUUGGAGGGGCACAAUGCGGGGACCCAUGAGUGGGUCAAAGCCCUGACCUGGGUCUCCUGCACCUUCCCUCCUGCUGCCCCUGGGUGGGUCUUGAGGAGCUUCACAGUUGCCCUUCUGUUUGGCAUGGCCAUGGAAACCCCAAGAAGUCAGCAAGGGACAGACCCAGUAGUGUACCAUGGGGCAGCACAGUCCCAGAGACACUGUGGUAAAAAUCCUCCAAGGACCCAGGGCCUGAAGCCCAGCUCCUCCCUGGGCUAGAAGCUCCAAAGACCUUGUGGCCCAUCUCCUCCAUGGACAAGCCCUGAAGACUUGGGAACAGGGAGCCCUGAGCACCUCUCAGGGGACUUCCUUGCAGGGUGACCAAGUUCCUGUCUUUGUAUGAAGUCAUCUGCAGAUGUCAGUACCCACACACAUACGUCUCUCUGCUCUGUGCUGGUGCUGUCCUGAUGGUCAGUAUUCCUGAUGGUCUCAUGGCCUGGCCCCUGGCCUUGAUCUCUGACCAACCCACCCAGGCAGCACUGGCCCUGGCUCCCUGCCUGGCUUAGAGCCAUGUCCCUUGGGCCACAGGGUCAGGGUGUUUGGAUCCACUGGCUGCAAGUCCUCCUAGGGCAUUGUCCUUGCACACCCAGGAUACCCAGGGUAUCCUGGGGCAGUACCCACACAUUAAGUGUGGGUAUUAAGUGCCAGGGAAAAGCUCCCAGCUGCUCUACUAGCCAUCCUGAAUACCCUAUGGAAAUAUUGUCUCCAGUGCUGUCCUCCAUGGAGGGGAAUGACCCCAGUCCAUGGGGCCCUGGGUUCUCAAGCUAUGGGGCAGCAGCAGGAUGAUGCCAAAUGCUCCAGCCAGGCAGGGAUACUGCCCACAGACAGCAAGGCUAGGGCAGGCAAGGCUGGGAAUGGUGCCCUGGGAAUGAACUGUAGUACUUGAGCUCUCAAUCAUGUGGGGGAAGAAAUGCAGAAAAGGAGUGAGAAAAGAUGACAGGAAACAGACGUGGGUGUGGAAGAAGGAGCACCUUCCCUUGGGGCUGCAGUUGGCCUUUGAAGGCUCCUGGGGUGUCAUUGAAACCACAGAGCACUGCUAUACUGUGGCAUGGCACCAUGGCAUUGUGCCCAACAGGGAUCCCAAGAGGCUAGCAGCAAGCAGGAAUGAGGGUGCAGAUCCCUGGGGCACUGGAGCAGCCUGAGAACCCCCAGGGAGUAGUUUGGAGCCCUCUUCCCAGCUCCCUGUGUGCCAAGGCGUAGGGCAUACCCUUGCCAGCUUCAGGGACAAUGGUGCACACCUUGAUGCACAUCUCCUUGCCUCUGCCUCAGUUUCCCCAUCUCAUUUUGCCUGCCAGGGCUUUCAUGGAGACUUGGGUCUUGAACAGCAAUGCCAGCAAAGGACAAAACUGAGCCAGACAUGGAGCAGGGCAGAACUGGGGCAGGAGCAGAGAAGGCAGCUCUCCAUGUACACACUGCUGAGGCUCAUACGUGCCUGCUUCCCCUUUUGGCUGGAGACAUCCAAGACAGGACAGUGCCCAGAGCUCGGUGGCACUUCAGGGCUGUUGAUGUUUUCAGGAUGAGUCAGUGGGAGUUGAUAUCCUGUUUGCAACCAAGCUGCGGGUGGCAGAUGGGUGGCACCUUGUCAAGGCUGAGGGCACCUACCCAGCCACGGGGCACCCACCUUAUUCUGGGCCAUGCAUCCACCAUGGGGUGCCCAUUUGGCCAGAAUGUACACCCUACCAUGGGGCACCCACCCAGUCACAGGGUACCCACCCCCCAGCGCAGUGCAGGGAAGUGCUGGGAGUGGGGUGUGCCAGCUGACACAUGGAGCAGGAAGGACCUGCUGUGGGGCUGGCACAAGGCAAAGCUGAAAAAAAAGAGGAAGCCCUUGAAUGCCCCAGCCCAGCAGCACCCAGGCAGACGCAUCUGGCACCUCGCACACCUCCAUCACAGUGUCAGCUCUGUCACCCGAUGAGGUGACAGCCAACCCACCAGCAUGCCCUGGGCAUUGCCGCUGCGAUGGUCACCAUGGGGACGGUCUGGUGUGAAGGCCUUGGUCACUGCUGGAGUGUUUGUAACCACCCUCUGGACCCUGAGGUUCUUCCUCAACCCUUCCAAGGGCUCUGGAGAAGACUCUAAACACAGGGAGCCAUUGGUGAUCCUGGUGUGGGAAUGGCCCUCCAAGCAGGUCCCCAAUGUCAGCAGAGACGUGUGCCAUGAGCUGUACAGUAUCACAGGCUGCCAACUCACCACAGAGCAGCAGCUCCUGCACCAGGCCAAUGUGGUGGUGUUCCCCCAUUCCAGGCUCCAGCCUGGCCGGGACAAAUUGCCCAAGGAGAGGUUGCCAGGGCAGAAUUGGGUGUGGGUCUCCCUGGAGUCCCCAUCAAACACUAGAGCUCUAGCAGCAUGGAACAGGACCUUCAACUGGGUGAUGACUUACAGACAGGAUUCAGACAUCUUCAUCCCCUAUGGCAAGCUUGUGCCCAACCGGUCAGCCACUGUGAACAUCCCUGCAAAGACCAACUUGGUGUCCUGGGUUAUCAGCAACUACCACAGGACUCAGAAAAGAGCUGAAGUCUACAAGAACCUUUCCAGGUACCUCCAUGUGAAUAUAUAUGGGAAAGCAAACAACAAGCCCCUCUGCAAGGACUGCCUCUUGUCAACAAUAUCCAAGUCCAAGUUCUACCUGGCCUUUGAGAACUCCAUCCACCGGGACUACAUCACAGAGAAACUCUGGAGGAACUCACUGCUGGCCGGCACCGUGCCUGUGGUGUUGGGGCCACCCAGGGCCAACUAUGAGCAGUUUGUUCCUGCAGACUCCUUCAUCCAUGUUAACGACUUUGGCUCCCUGGAGGAGCUGGCCACCUUCCUGAAGACCAUGAACUCCAGCCGCUACCAGCAGUUCUUUGCCUGGCAGAGGAGGUUCAGUGUGAAACUCUACACCGACUGGAGGGAGCGGAUCUGUUCUAUCUGCACAGCCUACCCCCGCCUGCCCCAUGGCCACCUCUAUCCUGACCUGCAGAGCUGGUUCAACUCCUAGUGCGCUGGGACCCUUGGGAUGAAUGCAGGCAGGGGUGGGAGAUGCACGAGGCACCCUCCUGCACACAGGAUGUGAAACAAGGACAGGAGCCCCCACUCUCCUCCCAACCCAGCUGUUGUCACACUGCACUUCCAGCAACUCCCUAUGACUUCAUUUCUUGUGAAACAGGACUUACCACUCCCACCUAACACUGAACACCUUGCCAGGGUGCUGGCAGGACCAGGUGCUUUGGAAAUUAAUGGCACAAUGCUGCUGAGGCUGUGCAUGUGGUGUGGGCAGGGCAGAGGGGUGGUGGGUAGCUCAGGUCUCCCCAGCCUUCCCCUGUGAUGCUCAAUGUCCCCCCAGCACCUGCUGAGUGCCGAAGUUUUGGCAGCAGAGGCCCUGUGGCGACAUUUGUGACUGGGCUGGAGGAGUGGGCCUCAGCCCAGGGGGGCCAUUACCCAAUGGCCAGGGAGGAAGGACAGCAUCUGCUCCCCCUCUUCCUGGCAACACCCAUUUCCUUCCCCACCCCUGAGCCACGGGUGCCACAGAGGAGCCACAGGACUCAGAGCAAUCUCAGUGCUGCCAGGCAGGCCAUGGGGCACUGGUUUGUCACCCCCUCCCCGCUGUGACAGGAAGCCAGUGAGCUGACAGCUUCUGGAGGCUUUCACUACCCUGAAGCAAAGCCAGUCCUGUGGGCAACUUGCACAUGAGCACAUGGCACUGGGGAAACCCUGCAGUAAGAGCACCCUGCACCAUGGGCAUCCCAAAAAAUACCCGUUGCCCUGAUUUUUAAAAGUGUUUUCUUUUACAGUGCUUUUGAAAGUUUUAAAGUCCUUUUAAAAGUUUUCUAUGCCUUCUGAUAAUGUUUACGUAUUUCCACUGGAGUUCUCAUUAACUGUUCAUGUAAAUAAUGAUUGUUUCGCAUUCUUUGUGGGAGGAGAGAAUUGACGGAGUGUUGGUUUGACCAGUGUGGUUGGAGAGGUGGCAAUUUCAUUCUCCAGUCCGCUGUCACUUUUGG